AUGUCUAACCAAACGAUAGCCCCAACUGUGGCGGAUGCUUUUCUUGAGGCCCUGGCGGAGGCUGGCGUCGACUACCUCUUCACUGUACUGGGCUCCGAUCAUCCCAGUAUCAUCGAGGCGUACGUCCGCCGCCAAAAUGAUCCUGCCCGGCAGUAUCCCAAGAUGGUCCUGUUCCAACACGAGUUCGUAGCCAUGUCUGCUGCGGAUGGCUACGCCCGGAUCAGCCAUAAGCCAGCAUGCGUGCUCGCACACGUGGACGUGGGGACCGCAGCGCUCGGUCAGGGUCUGCACAAUGCAUCCAGCGGACGAGCCCCUGUCGUAAUUUUCGCCGGUGUAGCCCCGUCCACUCUGCUGGGUGAGGCCCCCGGCUCUCGCUCCGAGCAUGUCCAGUGGUACCAGGAUAUUCGGGAUCAGUCCGCCCUCGUGGCCCCCUAUAGUCGCUUCAGCGCGGAGAUUAAGUCUCCGCAUAAUGUCGGGACUGUCGUGCAUCGCGCCGUGCUUAUGGCCACGACCGGCUCUCCGGGCCCUGUCUAUCUCACUGCGACUCGUGAGAUCCUCGCCACUGAGAUUCCCUCGCUGGAGUCCCGACCGAAGCCCAUCCCAUCCUGUCUGCUUGGGUCUCUUUCCCCCGAGGCCGUUGCACUAAUCGGCGAUGCCCUGUUAGGCGCAAAAUCCCCUCUGGUUAUUACUGGCUAUCUGGGUCGCAACCAUCAUGCCGUCAAAGAGCUGAUCAAGCUUGCCGAUACCAUUCAAGGACUACGAGUCUUCGACUCCGAGCUCCGCGAGGUAUGCUUCCCAGCAACGCAUCCCGCAUGCGUGACACGAGGGACCGGCGCCGCGCUCGCUGUGAAAUCCGCGGACGUUAUUCUCGUACUGGAUUCCGAUGUCCCCUGGAUCCCACGGCGAGUGCAUCCCUCUCCCACAGCGGAGAUUUUUCACAUCGACCUGGACCCACGCAAAGAACGUAUGAAUAUAUUCGACAUCGGUGCUUCAGCUACUUUCCACGCCGAUACCCACGCUUCCCUAACCCAACUUAACACAUACAUCGGCAGCUUGUCCCGCCUAUUAGAUCUCCAAGCCAGCUGGACCUCUCGAACAAAUGAGCUCCAUGCCGCUCACGCCGAAGGCAGAAAGCAGAUCGAGGCUCGCGCAGCCAAGCUCCUCUCGACCCCCGAAGCGCCCUGCAGUGUUGAUUUCCUAUGCAGCCGCAUCCACGCGCUCGUGCCACAAGACACCAUCUUCGUCACCGACUCCGUCACGAACCAGGUCGCCAUGACCGAGCAGCUGCAGCUCACGCGUCCGGGAUCCCACAUCACAAAGGGAGGCAGUGGACUCGGGUGGGCCGGUGGUGCCUCGAUUGGCGUGAAACUGGCAACAUACCGCUAUGAGCUGUCCGAUCGCCCGAACGUGCGCGCGAACGAAACCGGCGAAAGUCCUUUCCUAUGCAGCAUCACUGGUGACGGGAGCUUCGUCUUCUCGGUCCCCACGGCCGUGUACUGGGCUAGUCAUCGAUACGGGUGUCCGUUCUUGACGGUUAUUCUGAACAAUGGUGGCUGGAAUGCCACGCGCCAAUGUCUGGCUGAUGUCCACCCUCAAGGGGUGGCUGCUGGGUUGACGAAUCAGGAUCUAGGAAUUUCGCUAGUUGACGAUGGGCCGAAUUAUGGAGAAGUUGCGAAAGCGGCGGCUAAUGGGAACUUGUGGACGCGGCGAGUGGCACGCGUUGAUCAGUUAGAUGAGGCCCUUCAAGAGGGCAUUCGGGUUGUGGUGGAGGAGAAGAAAUCGGCGGUUUUGGAUGUCAUUAUUCAGUGA